AUGGCUGGACCCCAAGACCAGAACCACGACUACUUCUCAAAACCAACUACUCCAUCAACACCAGGCCAAGCCCAUCUUAGCAAUGUCGCGAAUCGCAUUCCUAGCACUAUCUCAGAUAGAGAAUCAGAUACUGGCCGUGCAAAAUCGACACACUCCAGACAUCGUGCACUCCACGGUCUACCUUCAACAUUCAUGUCGCACUUGAGUCGACGGCCAGCUACCUCCACAAGGGGCUUUUCCCGUAUGUCCAGCGAGGGAACCGCAUCUCGUCCUACAGCACCUCAACAUUCUUCUCAUCAUCACCACUAUGCCCCUGCUGAAGAUGGAUACUAUCAAGAGAAUCCAUGGUUUGGUGAGGCGGAUAAGAAACCCAUCUUCAGUCUUGGAAAACCUCUACCUCACAAAGUUCGUCGCAAAGUUUUGAAGCCCAUCAGACCAGAUGGAAGGGUUGAUGAGGAAAUGGCCAUCGUCAAUGAGGAAUCUGCCCACGAGCCUCACCCUGGUUAUGCCUCACGAACAACCUCUGGGCAGCCUUACCGAAUGGAGACCCAAAGUAGCCUCCUCUCGCGAGAUAUACAACGCCAACAGACUCGAACUACAGCAGCUGGUGUUGCUCAUAAUGAUAGACGAAACGACGCAGGUCAGCCAGUCUUCGAGUAUGUUCCUGGUGAGGGGACACCAACACCAGGGCACCGAGAUCCUGCUUCCAGGGUAAAAUCAAAGCAGGACAACGACCAUUCUCCGCCAGAUUUCAAGAUAGAUGGUGAGCCUUUGGGGCAACAAGAGAAGCCUUGUGUGGAAUCUGGCGAGACAGAUGCAAAUGAGAUGAGAAACUGGUGGGCGAGAAUACGCGCGAAGCAUCCUGAACCGCUCGCUGAGUUUCUUGCUACUGCCGUAGCCAUCUUUCUCGGUCUCACUGGUACUCUGUCUGUGAACUUGUCAGCCAAACAAUCACAACCAUACGGCACCUAUGAAACAUCGUGCUGGGCUUGGGGCUUUGCUUGGAUGUUUGGUAUCUAUCUCGGUGGUGGUGUCUCGGGUGCCCAUAUGAACCCUGCCAUCUCCGUCUCGCUGUCGAUAUUUCGUGGAUUCCCUUGGAAGCAAUGCGCCAUCUACGUGUUCGUGCAGUUUGUCGCCAGCAUUGUCGCUGGAGCGUUAGCUUAUGCUAUCUACGCCGACUCGAUCAACUAUGUGGACCCCGAUAUGGCGAAAAUGUCCAUGACAUUCUUCUCCACGCCUCGAGAAUGGGUCACACUCAAGUCAGCAUUCUUCAACCAAGUGGUCGGUAGCGCAAUCAUGAUGAUCGCUGUUUUCGCUCUUGGAGAUGAUCAAAACAACCCACCCGGCGCUGGAAUGCACGCUCUAGUCUUGGGCUUCCUUGUGACAACCCUCAAGUUCACUUUGGGGUACAACAUUGGAUCUGCGUUGAACCCUGCUUCUGAUUUUGGGCCACGAGUUGUUGCAUAUACUUUCCCUGCUUACCAUGAUUUCCGGGAAUAA